AUGAAUGAUGAAUCAAAACUUGCAGAACUAAUUGGCUGGUUAUCAAUAGAUGAUUCUCUUACCACAUACGAAUAUAUCUAUGCUGAGGACGAUGAGAAAGUUAGCUACACAGAGGCAGAAAUUUGCGUAGACAAAACACUAAGGUUUUUAUACGAACAAGGUCCUGAGUUUGGAGAUGUCGAAGAAGAA